AUGAAAAUAUACUUAAACCGAAACCCUAGAACACUCAUCUUGACAUCGAAGACGCAUGCUCUCCUAUUUAGAUAUACGAAAUCUAGCUCUCUGAGCUCCAAUUCUUCCAGGACCUCAGUUCAUGUGGAAUUGCUUGAUCUAAAUGUCAUCAAUUUAAGUAGAAAAGGCCUCGUCAAACUAUCAAAAAACGAAAUUCAUGGCUUUCUUGGUUUGAUUAACAUUGGUUUAAAUACUUUUCUAUGUGCUAUAACCUCCAAGUAUCAGGUUGCUACUCCUCUAGCUCAUCACUCCAUUAAUAGAAUCUUAUCAGUUGAGUUCUUUUGCUUGAAUGAUGCCAAAUGGGAUAACUACAAUCUAAACCAAAUCAACACCAAUAAUUUCAUAAAUAACAACUACAACAACAAUAGCAUUAAUCUCAGCACUUUUGAUACUUUUACUGCCACAGAACCUAAUAUAAAUUUAAUCGAUCAUCCUUGUUUGGAUUUACAAAAAUUGUUAAGCAAUGGUUCUUUUUACUAUUCCUCGGAUUUCGAUUUAACAAACAACUUGGAGACUAGAGGGGUCGUAUCAAAUUCUUUAAGUUUUGACAACUAUCAAGAUGAAUAUAUGUGGAAUUCAUUCAUGAUGACUGAAAUGAUUCAAUUCAGAAAUAAAUCAUCCACUGAUUUUAAGAAAAUUCUUGACAAUAAUGGAUUUUUAACAACUGUUAUAAGGGGUUUUGCAAAAACAUUCCAAUCAAAUAUUAAACAAUAUAAAGCCGACUUGACUUUAAUUUCAAAACAAAGCUGGAAAAGAGCAGGUACGAGAUACAAUGCAAGAGGUGUUGACGACGACUCUAAUGUCGCAAAUUUCGUUGAAACUGAGAUAAUUUUGCAUUUAAUAGACCAUAUUGUAUUUUCUUUUGUUCAAAUCAGAGGUUCAAUUCCUUUGUUUUGGGAACAAGAAACACAAUCUUUAAAUUUAUCCACCCCAAAGGUUCAAAUAACUAGAUCCUUAGAAGCAACUACCCCUAUUUUCUUAAAGCAUUUCGAAGAUCUAAUGCAAAACUAUGGCUCCAUUCAUGUUGUCAAUCUUCUAUCCAAAUCAAAAUCAUCUGAAGUCCCCUUGUCCAAAAGCUUUUCGAAAUUAAUUCAUUAUUUGAAUAAUUUAAAUAAAAAUCAACAGCCAGUUGACUAUUGUAACUUUGACUUCCAUCAAGAAACAAAAACUCAAGGCUACCAAAUGGCCAAAAGAGUUAUUCCAUUGAUUAAAAGCAACAUGUAUCUUUUUGGUUAUUUUUCCUAUGACUUGACUCAACAACAAACUUUAUCAAGACAAAAGGGCGCAUUUAGAACAAACUGUCUUGAUUGCCUCGAUAGAACAAACUUAAUCCAACAAGUAAUAUCAAAUGCAAUACUUGAUAUGAUUCUAGAUGAUUAUAAACUAGUUUUACCCAGUGAGUUUGAUUUUUUCAAAAAACACAACGUACUAUGGGCCGAUAAUGGUGAUCAAAUCUCUCAAAUAUAUACCGGCACAAAUGCUUUAAAGUCUUCAUUUUCAAGAUCUGGGAAAAUGUCCUUAAGUUUAGCCUUAUCUGAUGCAACAAAAUCGGUCAGCAGAAUGUACAUCAACAAUUUUGUUGAUAAAGGCAGGCAAUUAACUAUUGACACAUUAUUAGGAAGAUUAGCAGAACAAAGUCCUGUUCAUUUAUUUGAUCCUAUAGCUGACUAUGUCAAUGAUGAAUUAUCCAAAAUUGAAUCCAAGUUUACAACUUUUGAAAACUUGAAUAUUUUUGUCGGCACAUUCAAUGUCAACGGAUUGACUCCAAAUUUUAAUAAACUAUUAAAUGAGGAUGACCCUUUGCAUUUCAUUGAAUGGCUAUUUCCAAUUAAAGACAAAUUUAUCCCAGAUAUAUUUAUCAUAGGCUUCCAGGAAGUUAUUGAACUAAAUGCUGCAAGUAUCUUGAACAGCGAUAAUUCCCAGUCAAUUGUUUGGCAAGAUAUUAUUGGUGACGUUUUGAAUAAAUAUGGUGAAGAUAAGGGAAUCAAAUUUUCUCUUAUAAGAGCAGAACAAAUGUCUUCGUUAAUUUUCCUAUUUUUUCUAAGAACAAGCAAAGUCGAAAACAUCAAAAGAGUUGAAGGUUCAAAUAAAAAAACUGGUUUAAUGGGAAUUUCUGGAAAUAAAGGUGCUGUUGCAAUUAGAUUCAACUAUGGCUCCACGAGCUUUUGUUUUAUAAAUUCACAUCUUGCUGCUGGAAGAUUAAACGUUAAAGACCGCAAUGAUGACUACCUGAUGAUAGUACACAGCUUGAAAUUUACUAAAAAUCAAUCAAUAUUUAAUCAUGAAGCUAUAAUUUGGCUAGGUGAUUUAAAUUAUAGAGUUGAGUUGGAUAAUUUCGAAGUCAGGGGAAGACUAGAAGAUGAGGAAAAUGUCAACUUUGAAGAUCUCUUGAACUAUGAUCAAUUACUAGCUGAGAUCGACAAAAAUGGCGCUUUUAGAAAUUUUGAUGAAAUGGAAAUCAAAUUCAGACCAACUUAUAAAUUUGAUAAUAACACUAAUAGGUAUGAUACUUCGGAAAAACAGAGAGUACCAUCUUGGACAGAUAGAGUUUUAUACAGAGGUAACGCCUUAAAACCAUUGGCUUAUAAUUCCAUUCCAACAGUUAUGUUUUCCGAUCAUAAACCUGUGUUUGCAGCAUUCAAGGCUACAGCCAAAGUGGUAAAUUACGAGCUAAGAGAAAAAUUUUCAAAGGAACUAUACGAAAAAUACAGAGUAAUUCAUCAAAACAACAACGAUGACUUG